AUGGCGCCGCCGCGGGGCUCAGAGCUGUCCCUGCGCGCGCGGCUCGUUCAGGAGGCCUACAUAUGCUUCGCGUUCUGGCUGGCCGUGUCGGCUCUACCCGCGCUGGCUAUCUCCUACAUAUUGGUGAGCAUCAGCCAGCACCUAUGGCUGAAACUGCUGUCCAGCCGGUAUCCAAGGCUGGAGUUUAUCCGCAUCGACACGGUGCGAUCUCUGCUCGACACACACCGCAACCAAGGCAUCAUCAACGUGCUACUCUCGGUUAACGGUACAUUAGAUGCCGAGAAAAUCAAGCAGCAGCUCAGCCACCACGUGAUAGAGCGGCGCGAUAAGAACGGCGAGCUGACGUUCCCGCGGCUACGGCACCAGCUGGUGUCCUGCUGGGGAAACUAUGCGUGGAACAAGGACGUGGCCUUCAGGCCGGAGAACCAUAUCAUUGUGGCCAGCGGCGUGCAUCGGGGAAGGCCGGUCACUGACAGUAACAUUCAGGAAUUUGUCAGCGAAAUAGUCUCCAAAUACUUCCCAAGUGAACAACCACCGUGGCAGUACAUAAUCAUCCCCAAUACGUCACCGGAGCCCAAGUACCACAUCCUAGUCCGCGUGCACCACCUGCUGCUCUCCGGCAAAAAGUCCCUCAACAUCGGCGACAUGCUUAUGGUGGAACCGCUCACCGUCACCGGCAGAAUGCCCGCACACACCGAAUACACGCAACAAAGCCCUUUAAACAAACUCAUGCCAACCCCUUCAGCUAUACCAGAGCUCAUAGAGAAACUGAGCGAUAACCUAUCCAACGCUUGGAAUGAAUUCAUCUCCGAAUACGAUCCUGUAGAAAGUCCACGCGCCCAUAAAACGUUGCCUGGCGCGUUCCACGUAGCCGGCUUAGUACUGAUAUCUGGCGCCAGUGCUUUGAGAGAACUCACUAAGAGGAGGUCGACUGAUGAGUUUAGAAAUGUUGCGCCUCUAACUGCUACAACGCUCAUAGCUGCGGUUCAACGAGAGUGCAAACGUCGGAAUUUGACAAUACCAAAGGUCAUACUGUCUCCACUCGUAACCGCAGAUCCUCGGAAAUGGCCGAGGCGUGCUUUCGGAACAUUCAUAUCAGUGACUCGCGCGGUAGUGAGACUCCCCAUUCGCAUCCGCGACGAAAUACGAGCUCUGAGCGAGCUGAAGAAGACUGGCCAAGUGCUAUACCCCAACACGUUGACGUGGAAGUAUGCUGGGCUUGCGCAGUUGUCGGUGCGCGCUAUGGGAGAGGCGUGGCAGACUAUGGCUGAGAUCUAUAAGGCCCCGGCUACACUAUGGAGCGAUACUGUUGGAGCUGAUGAUGGGCAACGGCAUCAACUGCAGACUGUCAAUUUGUGCGGAAGGAAGGUGGCGGCCUGGUCGCGGCCAGUUUCGCGAACCGCCGUGGAACGCGCUGCGCGCGCGCUAGGGGUAUCCUCCACCGACGUGGCGCUAUUCGCCGCCACCGAAGCCCUGCGGUCCUUCUUCGACCUCUCGCAGAACAGGGCGCCCGAUACGGUGCUCACUACAGCGCGAGCCGCGCCGGAAGAUUUCCUAUUCACUUUUGCCGAGGGAGAUGGGAAGAAGUAUAAGAAAUCGCAAACGGGAGGAAUGAUAUGCCUAUCCCUCCCCGUGGGCGCAACACCGCGUCGCAUAGCUUCAGUGGUCGAGCAGGCGUGUCAACGGCAGGGCGCGCUAGCAUGCGCCUGGGCCGCCCAAGCACGCUACGGCGCUCUGACCCGCGCCGUACCUUCCCCCCUAGCACGGCUGACAUUGAAUCUGCUGUCGAGGAAAUAUGCUGUGUCUUAUGCGGAGAUCAGUGCGCCGGUCGACGCAAGACCAAGAACUACACUAUGGGGACACACUGUCGACGCCGUGGUGUAUUGGCGACCGCCGCAAGCUAACAUUAGCAUGUCUCUCACCGUGAUCCAGUACGCGGACACGGUCCGGCUGUCCGUGAUGGCGGACGCGCGGCUGUCUCCCUCGCACACCAUCCCCGCCAGCCGCUGGCCGGCCGUCGUCGACCACCUGGUCGCUAAGAUCGACGCCGAGAUCGCGCGCAUAUCCGCGCAGGCGCAGGACUUACCGCGAAUAGUAACACCCCCAGAAACAGACGAAAUCGAGGAAUCUGAUUCUGUUCUCGAAGCUUCUAGUACUAGCUCUUUAAGACCGCCGGUAACUCAAAUAGCUAGUCCGCCGCCAAUUCGUAGGCGUACGACGCAUCAUUAGAUAAAUCUAUGCGAAUAAUCUACGUAUAGACGGUCAAA